GAUCAUGUGAUGAGAGCCACGUGGCUCGGGCGACGCGACCAGCGGGGCUUCAAGCGGCUCCCUUUACCUGCCGUGACCGGGGCGCGUUGAGCUCGAAGUGUGGCGCGGGGGACGAUGAGCGGCGGUCGACGGAAGGAGGAGCCGUCGUCGCACCUGCACUCGCAGCAGCAGCAGCAGCAGCACCAGCACCUGGUAGCCAACGGCGGCGGCGGAGUGUUGCGGGCCUCCUUGUGGGGCAAAGCCUUGCGGAGCGACUCCGCCUGGGAGGACAAGGAUGAAUUUUUAGAUGUCAUUUACUGGUUCCGGCAGAUCAUUGCUGUUAUUUUGGGAGUGAUCUGGGGAAUUGUUCCACUGAAGGGAUUUGUGGGUAUAGCAAUAUUCUGCCUCAUAAAUGCUGGCGUCCUGUACCUCUAUUUUAGCAGUUUUCAGCAAAUAGAUGAAGAGGAGUAUGGUGGAACAUGGGAGUUAACAAAGGAAGGCUUCAUGACAUCUUUUGCUUUGUUUUUGGUUGUUUGGAUAAUCUUCUACACUGCCAUCCAUUAUGAUUGACAAACUCAGCCAAAUUAAUUGUCUUAACUGAAGAACACUUUAAGAACCCCUUUGGCCUAUGGAGAGGUAGAAUAAGCCAGUUUUUACAUCCAUGGUCCAAGGAGACGCAACAUGUCUUGUGGAUUCUAAGAAGAAAAGUUUGAUCAGUCUUAGUUUAAAAAGCUGUUGCUUUUCCAGAACUUUAAAAAAAAGCCAUUACAAUGCUUUGCAGACAGCACAAGACUUUUCAACCUUUCAGCCUUCUUGGUGACUUCAACCAGUAUGGCAAUGACAAAAUCUUUAUAUCCUAAAAGGGUGAUUCUGUUAAUUAAUGUGCGUCGAUUAUCUUGUUCUCUUUGAGAUCUAUUCAGAUUGUGACUUGUCUUCCAUUUGUAAGACAUACUAAAAUGGUAGCUAUCAUGAAGCAUAUGGCAGGAGGAGAACUCUGCUGAAUGUAUUAUAGAACAUAGAUUUUGAUGGUUCUCAGCUGCUUUUGAGGAAAUUAAAGCUCUGAUCUGAUUGUAUUAAGUACUAAUGUCUUUAAAUGGUUCAUCCAGGGUCUUAAAAUUUUGGUCGCUUAACAAUGUAAUAAGCAUAAUCUUCAGAUGGUUUCCUAAUGUUUUGAAAUUUUAACGUAUUUACUGAGAAGUGUGAGGCUUUCGUAGCUUCAUUAGGGAACUUCCCAAAACAAUUGCAGUGAUUUAGAAACAUCUUAAUAUAUUGGUUAGUUAACCAAUUCAGUUUUCAGAACCUACCUCAGAGCCCAGUGAUCUAAAUGCACAAAAUAACAGAUGCUUCAGAAUUCAAUUACUUUGGGAUUGUUAUAGGUUUUUGAAGCUGAAACAUAAUACAGAAUAAUACAGAAUAAUUAAGGCAGCUAAUAUCUUGUACAUAGAACUAAUUUUCAGAUAGGAGUAGACUGAAAUUCAGUGUUGAUCUUGUAUGAUUAUUGAAAGUAUCAGAAUGAAAAAAUCUAUUAAUUGUACACAAAUUAGGCUACUUAUGAGCUUUAAUUGUACUGUUAAUUAUUUUAAGAUUUAAACUUGUCUAUAUAAUUAUUUAAUAAUUUCAAGAAGAAGCUAUUUCCUAUCUUAAGUUAAUGUAAGUAGACAGAAAAUGGAGUUGUUCAUUAAGACUGCCUUAUAAUGAGAAGCUGUUUUGAGUCCUAAUAUGCCGUGGAUAAAUUUCCAGUUCUUUUUACUUCUCUUUUAAACGCUUAAACGUACAUACUUCUUUUUUCACAAGUAGCUUUCCAUGUAUUCUCUUUCAACAUUGUCAGGUCUGUCUCCCUUUUUUGUAGUUCACUUUUAACAUCAGGGAAGAAUUUAGCCACAGGAAAUGAAAGACAAAACUACUAAAGAUUGGAGAGCCUUAGCAGAGGUUCUCUUGCAGUUCUUCAUUGCCAACUUAAGUGUUCUCUCCUUCAGUUUGAGGAGAUACUUAGACAUUUUGGUAUUCGCUAACUUUAAGCUGCAUUUCUCAAUCAGCGGGUUUUUUUUUUUCAAAGCUUGAGACAUCUACCAAAUAAGUAAAUCAUUUUAUACAUGGAAGAUCACUAAUAAAGAUCACUUUAAGAA